UUUAGUAUUCAACCAGACAUUAGCACUCUGGAUUUUUUCAUCUUUUUUUUCAUCUUUCAGAAGAAAACAAGAGCAAGUCGAUCUUUUACAUGCCAGAUUCUCUUAGUAGUCCCUUUGGUUUUGUACUAGGGAGUGUUCCUUGAAAUCAUGGGGAUUAGUUCACUUAGAAACUUAUUACCUGUUUUUCUUGUGAUUUCUGGCUUUUGUGCAGAUUUUUGCACUGCCUCUGACACUAUUACAACAACUCAGUUCAUUAGAGAUUCUGAAAUUGUACGCUCAAACAACAGUGAAUUUGAACUGGGAUUCUUUAGCCCUGAAAAUGCGACGAAUCGCUAUGUAGGAAUCUGGUAUGUUUCUGACUCGAAUGUCAUCUGGGUGGCUAACAGAAACCAACCAUUGAAAGAUUCAUCUGGAAUUCUCACAAUUUCUGGGGACAAUAAUCUUGUUGUAUUGAAUGGAGAUAAAGAGGUUGCUUGGACUUCAAAUAUAUCAAACAAGGCCUCCAAUUCCACUGCUCAACUUCUCAAUACAGGAAACUUAGUCCUGCUAGAUGACACAGGCAGAACAUUAUGGGAGAGUUUCCAACAUCCAGGUAAUUCAUUCCUUCCAAAUUUGGUAAUUAGCACUAACCAAAAAACAGGUGAGAAACUGAAGGUUACUUCAUGGAAGAGCCCUUCGGAUCCUUCCAUUGGAACCUUCUCCAGCGGCCUUGAACGCCCCAGUACGCCUGAAGUGUUCAUCUGGAAUCAAACACAGCCAUAUUGGAGGUCAGGUCCUUGGAAUGGUCAAGUGUUCAUUGGGUUAUCCAAGAUGUAUACUUCCUCAUAUCUAAAUGGAUUUGACGUAGGAAGGGAAGAAAAUGGGUCUGUUCACAUAACAUAUUCUUUGCCAAAUGGGUCUUUCUUUGGAACCAUAGUUUUGAGUUCAGAAGGAAAACUAGUCUUAACCACCUGGAUGAACAAACACAAAGUUGGGAUGCGAACUGUUCAAGAUUCAAUCUGUGAUAUGUAUGGUUUAUGCGGGACAUUUGGAAGCUGUGAUCCCAGAAAUUCCCCAAUCUGCAGCUGUUUGAGAGGAUUUGAGCCGAGGAAUGCCGAGGAAUGGAAUAGACGAAACUGGACAAGUGGAUGUAUGAGAAGGGCAUCGUUGCGGUGUGGGAAGGUGAAAAAUGGGAGAGAUACUGAUAAAGAUGAUGGGUUUUUGAAACUGCCAAUGACGAAAGUGCCAGAUUUUGCAGAGAAGUCAUAUGGUUCUGAGGAAAUGUGCAGAAUUCAAUGCCUAAAUAAUUGCAAUUGUACGGCAUAUGCAUAUGAUGCUGCAAUUGGCUGCAUGUCUUGGAAUGGAAACUUAAUUGACGUUGUAAGAUUUUCAAGGGGAGGAGUGGACCUUUAUAUCCGAGAAGCCUAUUCUGAACUUGAAAGAGAAAAGAAAGUGUUGAAAGUAGUCAUCAUAGUUACAGUGGCAGUAGGAGUAAUUAUCAUUGUUGCUGCAUAUAUUGUAUGGUGGUGGGCUGCUAGACAUUUUGCUAGAAGGAAGGGAAAUAAUGGAGCAUUAACGCUGGAAAUAGAAGAAUCACAUUUAAAAAACCACAGGGCAAACCUAAUAGAAGACCUGAAAAUAGCUAAAUUAGAGGAGCUGCCACUAUUCGAUUUUGGAAUCAUUGCUACUGCAACAAACAACUUCAGUUUUGCUAAUAAGCUUGGAAGAGGUGGCUUUGGUACAGUAUAUAAGGGAGAGUUGCGAGAUGGACAGGAAAUUGCAGUGAAGAGGCUCUCAAGAGCAUCUGGACAAGGGCUAGAAGAAUUUAUGAAUGAAGUGGUUGUUAUUUCAAAGCUUCAACAUCGUAAUCUAGUAAGACUUCUAGGUUGUUGCAUUGAAGGAGAGGAAAAGAUGUUGAUCUAUGAGUACAUGCCAAACAAGAGUUUGGAUGCUUUUGUGUUUGAUCCUAUAAAAAAGAAGGCUUUAGAUUGGAAAAAACGACUUAACAUAAUUGAAGGAAUCUCUCGUGGUGUUCUUUAUCUCCACAGAGAUUCUAGAUUAAAAAUUAUUCAUAGAGAUCUAAAGCCUAGUAAUAUUUUGUUGGAUGGAGAGCUUAAUCCAAAGAUAUCCGACUUUGGCAUGGCAAGAAUCUUCCAAAACAAUGAAGAUGAAGGCAAUACAAGAAGGGUUGUUGGAACAUAUGGCUACAUGUCACCUGAAUAUGCUAUGGAAGGACUAUUUUCAGAGAAAUCAGAUGUGUUUAGCUUUGGAGUUUUGCUGCUAGAGAUCAUUAGUGGCACAAAAGUCACAAGUUUUUAUGUCUAUGAACACUCAUUGAGCCUCUUAGGAUUUGCAUGGAAGUCAUGGAAUGAAGAGGACAUCAUAACUUUUAUAGACCCUGAAAUAUCAGCAGCAGAUUUUAUCAAUGAAGUUAGAAGAUGUAUGCACAUUGGACUUCUAUGUGUCCAAGAACUUGCAAGAGACAGACCUUCUAUGGCCACGGUAAUGUCAAUGCUUAACAGUGACAUUGUUAAUCUUCCUCCUCCAUGUCAUCCUGCAUUCAAUAAAAGGCAGGGUGCAUCAAGUUCAGAAUCUUCUCAACAAAGCAACAAAUCAUGCUCCCUCAACAGUGUAACUCUCACAAACAUGCAAGGGAGAUAGAAGACUGAUUAAGAGAAGGCAAGGCUAAAAUAAUAGUACUAAGAUGCUUGGGACAAUUUUCAUACUGAUUAUGUGUAGAUAGGCAAUGUUCUGCUGAUGCAUAUGAAAUAUCCAAAAGAUCAUUAGAUCCAUCAAUGCCUUCUGCAGCAGAGCAAACAACAAACAAUGAUGAGUUAUGUUUCAUCAAUAAAGUAACUGUCUCAAAUUUUGAGGGGAUACUGAUAGACUGGGGUGCUUUUAUGUCUCUAUUCCAUUUGAAAGAUCUUAAAUACACUCUUCCCCAGUAUACCUUCAAAUCUUCAACAGGGAAGCUCUAAAUUUUUUUUAUAUAUAUAAAUGUUCUACAUUAAUAGUACUAAA